AUGCAAAAUUAUGAAGCUUUCGCUGAGCAUGUGCAAGCACUGAAAGACUCGUGUCUUCCCCCAACGACAACAUACAGGACCGUAUCGAGUGUGAACGGUCCUCUGGUCAUAAUGGACAAUGUGAAGGCCCCAAAAUACGCAGAAAUAGUCCAGCUAACUCUUCCUGAUGGAAGCAAGCGCACAGGAAAGGUUUUGGAAGUGUGCGGCAAGAAAGCAGUCAUUCAGGUCUUUGAAGGAACUGCAGGAAUAGACACCAAACACACCUGCGCCGAGUUUACAGGUGAAACAAUGAAAAUGGCGGUUUCAGAAGAUCUGCUAGGGCGCACGUUCAACAGCACAGGCAUUCCCAUAGACGGAGGGCCAAAGAUAGUUGCAGAAGACUAUCUGGACAUAGAAGGCCAGCCAAUAAACCCGUACGCAAGAAUAUACCCAGAGGAAAUGGUGCAGACAGGAAUAUCUGCAAUUGACGUAAUGAACUCAGUAGCGAGAGGACAGAAGAUACCGAUCUUCAGCGGUGCAGGACUGCCGCACAAUGAAGUAGCUGCGCAGAUAUGCAGACAGGCAGGAUUAGUCAACAACAAAAGCACGGUGGAUAGAAGUAACGACAAUUUCUCGAUUGUUUUUGCUGCAAUGGGAGUGAAUGCAGAGACAGCACAAUUUUUCAGGAACGAGUUUGAGCAAAGCGGAGUGCUUGAUCGAACUGUGCUCUAUCUCAAUUUGGCAAAUGAUCCCACCAUAGAAAGAAUCAUCACUCCGCGCUUUGCCCUCACUGCAGCUGAGUAUCUGGCAUACACAACGGGAAAACACGUUCUUAUGAUCAUGACAGAUAUGAGCUCGUACGCAGAUGCCCUGAGAGAGGUGAGCGCAGCAAGAGAGGAGGUGCCUGGAAGAAGAGGAUAUCCUGGGUACAUGUACACCGAUCUGUCUACGAUAUACGAGAGAGCAGGGCGCAUCGCAGGCGUGGAUGGAUCGAUCACGCAAAUACCAAUUCUUACGAUGCCAAACGAUGACAUCACGCACCCCAUCCCUGAUCUCACGGGAUACAUCACUGAGGGACAGAUAUACAUCGACAGAACACUGCACAACAGACAGAUAUACCCUCCCAUCAAUGUUCUUCCUUCUUUGUCGAGACUGAUGAAAUCAGCAAUUGGAGAGAACAUGACACGAGAUGAUCACUCAGACGUAUCGAGCCAGCUGUACUCGAAGUACGCAGUGGGGAAGGAGGCGCUCUCCAUGAAGUCUGUGGUGGGCGAAGAGUCUCUCUCAAUGGAAGACAAGCUGGUCAUUGAGUUUGUUGAAAACUUUGAAAAAGAGUUUAUCAGCCAGAGAAAAGACGAAAACAGAACGAUAACAGAGUCGCUGGAUCUGGCGUGGAGGCUGCUCAGGAUCUUCCCCAAGGAGCUGCUGAACAGAAUCCCAGACAGCAUUCUAAACAAAUACUACACAAUCAAGACAACAACAGAAGAAAGCAAGGAAUAG